AUGCCGCCCCGAAUAAACAUACCGCCGGUGACGCGCAUCCUGCUUGUGGUGCUGACGCUCCAGUCGGUGCUGAGCGCGGCCAUCAGGUAUCGCCAGUGGUCGGCACACACGGAAGUCGUCCUCCCCUACCUCAACCUCGUCCCUCAGCUCUCGCUCGUCUAUCCCUGGACCUUCCUGACGACGACGCUGGUCGAGAGCAACGUCUUCACCCUCACCAUCGCCUAUCUGACCCUCUACCAUGGCGGCCGCUAUCUAGAGCGGGCCUGGUCGUCGAGGGAGUUUGCCAAGUUUCUGCUCAUCGCCGCCCUCAUCCCCAACACGCUCUGCUUCGGCACCAUGAUCAUCUUCUUCGCCUUUACACGCAACGAGCGCUGGACAUUGAUGACGAUUGCCGGCACCAUCCCGCUACAGAUCUCGUUCCUCGUCGCCUUCAGCCAGCUCGUCCCCGCACACACCGUCACCCUCUUCCGCGGCAUCCUCUCGAUGCGCGUGCCGCGCUUCCCGCUGGUCUACAUCGGCCUCGUGACGCUGCUGUGCCUCUCGCCCAUGCUGACGAGCGCCUCCUUCUUCCUGUCCGUCUACGGCCUCCUGACGAGCUGGACCUACCUCCGCUUCUACAAGCCCGUGUUCCCCGAUCUCGACACGUCGCAGUCGAGCUCCCUCCGCGGCGACGCCAGCGACACGUUCGCCUUUGCCGAGUUCUUCCCCGGUCCCGUCCGCCCCUUCGUCGAGAGCCUGUCGGCGCAGGUCUUUGGCGUGCUGGUGGCCAUGCGCCUGUGCGCGCCCUUCAGCGCCGCCGACAUCUCGGCCGCCCGCGGCGAGACCAGCAGCAGCAGCUUCGUGCCGCGCGGCGUCCCCGGCAGCGCCCGCGCCGAGGCCGAGCGGAGGAGAGCCCUCGCCCUCAAGGCCCUCGACCAGCGCCUGCACGCCGCCACGGCCAGCUCCGCGUCCCGCGCCCAGAGCGCCCCGCCGCCCCCGUCCAUCCCACAACCCCCGCCGCCCUCGGCCUCGGGCCCCACCGUCCAGACCCAACCCCACGUUGGCACCCAGAGCGCCAUGACGACUAGCCAAGCCGGCGGGCUCCUGGGGGAGACGAGCUAUAACCCGGACGGCGACGGCGAUAGGGGCAGUGCUUGA